AUGCCUCUGUCCUCUUUAGAUUCUGUUGGAAAGCAUGUGAUGACCCAAGCUCGGAAAAAGGGUUCCCUCAGCUACUGCCAUGGCGAGGGUCAUGACCGUGUAGAUGGCUGGACCCAUGGUAAAACCAUGGGCAGAUCUUGGCCUGAACGUUGUUCAAAAGAGCACAAAGCUCUGAAGGGGGUGGCCAAGAGAGGCAAGCAAAAGGGACGAGACCACAUGGAAGGAUGGAUCCUCAAUGAAUGUAAGAGUAGAGCCAGGCUGGAGCAUUCUCUGAAAAAGAGCAGGACUGCAAAGGGCGUGGCUAAGAAAGGCAAGGCGACAGUGUCCAAGAAGCUAAGGGAAGAGCGGAACAGGAAGCUCUACCCACUGCGAAGGAGGAGCUGCUCACCGGAGGCAGAGCCCUUAGGCUGCCAUGUCAUCCUUACCCGCCUGCAGGAGGGCAGCUUGGAGCAGGGCAAUGACUUUCAUAAGGACGAUCCAAACACAGGCCGAAGAAAAAUUCCGCAAAAGAGGAAUGUCAAACCUAACAAAAAGCUAGAGAAAGCCAAGGAGUCAUUGCGAAUGCCAUCUAAAACAAAAUCAGAAGCAACUGUCAGUAAAACCCUAGCUCAGGAGCCACGCAAACGCCGACUUGCUUCUCUCAAUGCUGAGGCGGUCAACAGCCUGCUGCUGGAGAAGACAGAUGCGCCACUUGGCAGUAAACUUGCUAAGAGACAUCUGCAUGAGGUACCGCCUGCUGUUAGUGUGGACCACAAUGCAAAGAUAUGCUCUAUUUCAAAAAGGGCCACUCAAGCCCACAGGACUGAAGAGUGCCAGAGCCCCAAGCAAGCAGAGAAAGGCAAGGUGGAGGAGAGUGAUGACAAUGCGUUGAGACUAUACGCUCCCACUCCCAGGCGCCUUGCUGGACUCAAUGCUGCUGCCCUACUGAAGCUCACCAGCUCCACCACGGGGAACAAGCAGCGGGUGAAGUCGGAUGGAAAGGCCGCCUGCGUGACGGGGAAGCAGGCUCCACGCUGCAAAGCCAGGGUGCGACAGCCUAAGGCACAGGGCUUCAAACCAGCCUCCCCACUUGGCUGCUGUGCGGUGUGUAAGAGCAGGGCAGGUCUGGAGUCCAGACUGAAGUGGGAAGGGGCCACCUGCCACCACCACCUAACCAAACCGGGGUUCCAGUCGCGCAGUAUGAUGGGAUAUCCCCUUAAGGUGGUGAAAGAGGAGCAGGUGGAGGCGGAGCUUAGUCCUUACUAUUGCUGCCCUCCAGAGGGCUCCGUGGAGUACUGCCACAGGCUGGCACUCUUCUUGGGGCAGAAGGCCUAUAGUGAGACAGAUGAGCACCCCAUGACCUCAGUGAAGCACGAAUGCCUGGUUCCCCCGUCUUCACUGACGCACCCUGCCCUCACCCUCAGUGCCCACCCAUGCUUGUGCGCAGACCCCUGCUACUCUAGUUACUAUGUCCACAUCACUCAUCCAGGGCCGCCUUCAGCUAGCCUGAGUUCGCAGCCUCUACCUUGUGCACACAGCUCUUUGUGUCCCAGCAGGCUGCCCAGGUCCAAGCUGCUGGCCUCCUCCAUGCCCCAUGCCUCAGGUAUCCCACACCCUGCCUUCUGCAAUUCGGUGGGGUCGCCUUGCUUCAGCGAGGGUUGCAGGGUCGGCAGCUACGCGUUCAGUGCUAUGCAGCCAGUCACCAGCAGGGCGUGCUCUUACGCAACAGGCUGCUCCAACUGUAGCCAUCAAAUUAAAACAGAAGGCUACUCUUCACCUCAAGGGGAUCAUGCUUCCUCACUACUGGCAGCCCCAGCCUUGCCCCUGUCUGCCUGCCCGGUGCCCAGGUUAAGCCCAUCCUCCACAGCUGUGCCGCGUCUCCUGUCCACCCUCCCAGACAACAGACAGACAGAGGUCAGGCUUCCAGGAACCAGGAAAUGUCCACAAAGCACCAAACCACCCAGUGGCUCCAUUGCUACGGGACGUGGCAGGCUGUCUCAGAAGCAACCUGCAUCCAGCCCAGUGAGUGUGAGGCAGCCGAAAAGGGUACAUCGCCACCGCGCCACAAAUGGCUGGCGUCCUUUCGGAGAGCCCACAGAGAGAGAGGUCUUCAUCGCGGGGGAAGACGAGACAGCACUGAGACAGUGUUAUGAGGGAGUCGAGCGAGAUGGAGAGGUGAUCCGUGUCCGAGAUACCGUGCUACUGCGCUCUGGACCUAGAAAGAAAUCCCUACCUUAUGUGGCUAAGAUCUCAGCUCUGUGGGACGACCCUAAGACAGGAGAGCUGAUGAUGAGUUUGUUUUGGUACUAUCGACCUGAGCACACACAGGGAGGCAGAGAUCCCAGCAUGCACUGUGAGAAUGAAAUAUUUGCCUCUCGGCAUCAAGAUGAAAACAGUGUGGCAUGUAUAGAGGAUCGAUGCUAUGUUUUGCCGCUAGCACAGUACUGUAGAUUUUGUGCCUUGGUAAAGCGCCGACUGGAGGGAGUGCCCGAGUGUGCCCCAGUGGUGCCCCGUCCCUCCAACAGUGCCAUCCCCUCUCACCGACUUGUGCCCGAGGACGUCGAUCCUGAGCUGGUUUACCUGUGUCGCCAUGUCUACGACUUCCGUUACGGCCGCAUACUGAAGAAUCUGCAGUAAAAGUGUGGGCUGGCAGCCAACACGUAGCUGCAACCCACACGUGAUGGAGAGCCUCCAUACCUCCAGGACUCCUACUGAACCUGCUGGCUUCUUUUGUUCUAACCAUCAUGAUUCAUGGAAAGAGAGGUUUUAAUUUGCUGUAAAUGAAAACGGAGGCUACGAGGGUGGCGAGACGCUGAAGGGACGUCCGGUAUAAUUUAAAAGAAAGCUGGGAGCUCUGAAAGGGGUCCAGAUACAUGGGCAAGGUUAUCUUUAAGAUGAGUCCACAUUCCCCAGAGUGGCAGUGUCUAAGGUGAGUGUUAUUAGAGUGCAAAUGACCGCUUUAUUCAUUUGAUAUUACCCCAACGUAGGACAAAUGUAGUACUUAUUUCACUUUCAGACUUGCCUUCAAGGUGAAGGGGGUAUAUCUCUAGUGAUUUGUCUUGUACACUGGACUACAACACUGGUGGUGGGAGUUAAAUGAAGCUGCCAUUUCAGAUUCUGAGUGUAAUCUAAACUUCUGUUCUUCAAAGUGCGACUUAAAGUGUAACACAACUACACUCAACUGGAGUUCUGCAGUCACCCGUUAACUCUGGUUUAGUUUACUGGAGUAUACAUGUGGACAGGGGGUCAAGAGGAAGUGGACAAAUCAUGUUGUUGUUUUUGUUGGAGCAGAUAUUUUCAGUUCUGCUGUUUUCUGUGUACGACUAAGUACAGUAAAUUUUACCAUUCAAUUUAGUGAACAAUGAAUUGAACCUCGAGUUCAGAUGGCAGUGGGGAUGUUUGCCCUUUUCUCCUCUCCAUGUUUUGCCUUAUUACUUGCAGGUAGCUCUGUAGGCAGCUAGUUUGACCCAAUCUUCAAUGACUACCACUCCUGUAAUAAACCAAACCAAAGGCUGCACAGUGUUAAUCACCAUUGUCACUAAUUACACCCCCAAAAUUUGCCUGGGCCCUCGAUUGAAAAAAGUGAUUCACUUCUUUUCAUUUUGUAAUAUGUUUUAUAAUAUAUUGAAUUGAGAUACUCAAAACAUAUAAUGAGUAUAUUUUGAGUAUUUCUUUAACAAACCCCUGCCCGUUUUCCCUUGCUUCUAGUUACCCUAGUGAAAUUGCACUAAUUCACUCCUUGAGUAUUACUCUUCUCUUUUUUUGUUGCUCUCUUUGGCUCUGCUAGUAAUUUUCCUUUAGAUUUAGGCCUAUGGCUCUGAUUCCAUCAACACUGCACACUGCAGUGGUUUGGUCAGCAAAGAAGCUUGAGAAUGUCUCUCAGCACUCAAAGAACAAAUCUCAACAUGAGGUAGCCAUAGUUUCUGGCUAUGCAGCAGGUUUCACAGGUGUAAACAAUAUAGGAACUGUGUUGCUCAUUGGCUAAUUCUCUGUUUGUUUUUUUGCCUUGGCACAACUUUUGGUUAGUAAUGGGAUUCUGUGAGAGUGAGGGGAAAAACAACUCCCAAGACUCUCUAGCCUGGUAUUGGGCAGCACAAAUCUAAGGCUGGUAAUGACCUGGAAACUACCUUUAUUGAAGAAUUAAUACUAAUAACCAGUCAUAUGAACACUUGUUUGUGUGGAUCAGCAAUACAUGACAGCUCAUUUAUCUCAUUUAACUCUAUGCAUUCAAAUGAUUCACAUGAUCUUCCUCUGUGCCGAGGAGUGAGUGAUUGUUGCUAUUGUUUGUUCUGGAUUUGCUUUUUUCAUUUUGCUGCAUUGGGCAUUGGUCCCUGGAUUCUGCAUUGUGUUGAUUGAAUCAGGGCCUUUCUGCUAAAACUAUUUGGAGCUGGUAUACUAAAUCUCAACCUCCAAGCUUUGAAUGAAAGACUUAAACUUGAUCAACUCUCUUCUAGGAAAUGUUGCACCUUCUGUAUUAGUUAGGAACAGAAAAUAAGUUAGGAUCAGAACAAUGCUCCGGGCUAUAUGAAGUCAUUUUUUUCCAUGCUUGUGAUCUGCACAAGAUAAGGAGUUGAUUUUGUUGUUUAAUUCUCUACCAUGAACUAUGUCCAUGCUCAUGUAUUCAUUAUUCAAACAUUGAACUUUUGUACAGUGGUAUCAGAAUUUCUUCUUUAAAGUAGUUUAGAUGAUUUUUCCAGCAUUAGUGUAUCUAAUAUAUGUAAGUGUAUGUUUAAUGUGUACAAAAUAUCCAGGACCUGUUUCAUUCCAUUGCAUCAUUGGCACAGAUGUUGCUGCAAUUAUACCUUGAUCGCCAGGUCUUCUCCAAAAAAACAUACAAAAAAAAACAAACUAUAUUAAUAGUAUUGUGGUUUAAAAGAAAAGCUUUUGAUCCCAUAUUCGUAAAAAGGUUUCUCUGUUUUUCAAUUUGUCCUAAGACAGAUAUUUUAUUAAGUCUAUUUCUAAAGGUAGAAUAUGCAAUAUAUUUUUGGGACUAUUUUUGAGGAAUCUAUUUAAAUCAAAGUCCUUAUAUUGUUUUGUCUAAUUAAAAAUUGUUUUGAUGUGGAUCAUAAAUUUAAAAAAUAAUAAUAACCAAAUAGGCAUGAGCUUAAACAUGGACAGUGUUUCAUUUUAUUAUGUUAGAAUCCAAAGGUAUGGAGUACUUGAGAGCCAUCAGUGGAGGAAGAAAAUGAAAUGUACAUAUCUUGAUUAAGGAAUCACCAGACCAUCUUUCAAAUGAGAUAAAAUGUUGCACAAUACAUUUCUAUUACUUAGGAGACUUGUAAUUAUAUUUAAAGAAGUUAUUUAACAUUGAGUAUACAAACUAUAUAGAUAUCUAUAUUUCAAGUAAACAAGUCAUCUUAGUUGAAAAGUGUUUUGAAGUGCUAUUGCAAUACUUGUGGUUUUAAUUGUCAUGUUUUUGUUUGUUUGUUUGACUUGUUUAAUUUUUUUAAGUUGUAAAGUCUUCAGUAAAAUAACUAAAUUGUUGUAUUUAUAGAAACCCAAGUUGGCAUCAAGGGGUUAAAAACCAAAGCACUCUCUUUGAUUGAGGCCCCCGUGUGUAUAUGCAUACAUGUGGGGCAGUUUUGGCAACUAGUAACUAUAAAGUGCUGAUGUCACUGCAGAAAGGCUUCUUUCACCAUACCUUAGUGAGAUAGGUACUUGAAUUAUCAGUUGCUGUGAAUCAUUUUCAUAUCAUACAAUAUUCACUAUACAUGUGGCCUUUUCCUAUUUACUGUAAUUUGACUUUUGUUUGGUUUAUUGGAAAUGAGCCAAAUAUUACCUAAUUACACUCGCACAACAAGUCUAUCUUAAAUUAAAAGCAUGGUAGUUUACAAAUGGUGUAAACUUCAGAAUGCUGUCCUCUGAAUGCAUAAUGGACCAAGAAGACCAGGUGACAAAACUUCACAACACUGGUUGUUUGUAUAUGGACACAUACUGAGACUGCUAUUUUUGCUUUGUUUUUUCUUUCAUUUUCAUUUUUGAAAAACAACAAAAAAAUAUUUUUAAACAUAUUUCAUGAUAUUGGUUGAUUUCUAGAGAUUGUUACAUGUGGUCUUUGAGGUUUCUUGAACACUAGAUUACCAGCAUGUUCCAGGGAGACCCUAAGAGCCGAGUGCCUCCUCAUGGGACUCCUUCACAGCAAGGUUUUUCAGAACAGUGGUUAACUCACCAGACUAUGAUGGAGUGCUGACUAAACCUGGAGCAAAUAGCAAAUCUUUUACAUGCACUUCUCUCUUCAUUCUUUUCAUACUUAGAUGCAGGUGAAUCUUCAAUUCUUGUUGGUAACCAUAGUAACUAGUUACAUAUUUUAUGUGGAUGUGUACAUUUUUAAGGAUGUGGAAUCUCUCCGUAUCACAGGAGUUGACCACUUUUCUGCAAUGAAAAUCAAUGAUGUGGCUUUGCACGAUUCAAAAUUCCUUUUUAAUCAUAACCACAAUGACCAAAAACAAGAGGUGUUUUGGUUUUUUGGUUUCCCCUCUCCUGACCAAUACUAAUAUUUAUUUUUGUUUGCAUUCUAUGUUGCUAGUUUAAUGCUUAUUGCUAAUAUAUAUUUUGAUAGAGUAGGAAAAUGGAUUGAAGAAGCUAUUUUUGGUCACUGCGUUGGGGGGGGGGGGGGGUAAUGUUUGUAUCAGACCAUUUGUGUCGCUUUGUCAUGCACUCGUUUUUUUCUUUUUUUCCUCAAUGACAACAAGAAUCCCUGCUGAUUAUUGUUCAAAUGAAAGAGUAUUUAUAAAAAAAAGUCUUUUUGUUAAAA